AUGACAAGUUGACAGCCGAGUGGACUUAAAGAAAUUACGAAUUGUAGUUUAAAAACAUUUUUAAUUUUAUUUAUAAUUGCUUGUGAAAUUUUGGAAAAAGUGAACAUUUAUUUUAUAUUCAGUUAUAAGUGACGUCUCAUAAAACAAUGCCUUCGGGCCGUAAAAGAUGGAAUCUCCAUGAUGGACCACAAGGCUCUUUAAGGAGACUGCGUAACCAGCUUGCUGAAGAUGGAUGUGCUGAGUCUCAAGUGGUUCUCGCGAAACAACUAUUAGAAGAAAAAUGUGAAUUGGAGGCUGAUAAGAUAUCGAAUUUCAAACAGGCAUUGGAAUGGCUCAUUUGUGCUACCGAACAAGCUCACCCAGAAGCUAGAAGAAUGCUCCGAAGGUGCAUAAGAAGUGGCGUGAUAGACGAAGACAGCGCUCCGAUAGUGAGAGCAAAGUCGUGCUUAGCGGCUAGUCGUCAAGAGACCGUGGCGAGGAAAGCAGCCAGGGAUCUAUUUGCAAGUCUAUCUAACGGGGAACAAUAUAUAACAACCGCUCAACUGGAGCGACGCAUUCGUGAAAUAUGUUCCACGACCUUAAGGAAGGACCCUGAUGAUGACGCCCUCGAUGAUGAAUCACCAGAAGAAGCAAGAGCACUAGAUGGUGAACAAGCCUUAGAACCGUCUCAGCUUCAAGCCGGUGACCACAUUCAUACAAAUGGCACAAUUCGCACACAUGACCUUGAAGACGAUUAUCCUGACAGUUACAGUCAAAAUGAAGAAAUUCGAAAUCUAACAGUUGAUAACUUAGUCACCGCAGCAGUAGAUUAUUGUCAGGGCGAAUUGCCUCUAGUCAGCUAUGAAUUGACCCUAACAGACCCUAGCAUUAAAUCCUUAGAUCAUAUCCCAAUUUUACACCAAGCAUUCCUACAUCCAUUAGUUUUUAUAAAAGUUCUUUAUCUUAAAUUAUUGUAUUAUUUCGGGUCGUUUUCAUUCAGACUUUCAAAUAUCGAGCUCUCUCUGCUUCUGAUAGCGUAUCUGUCAGUUAGUACCGACAGCUUGUAUCAUUUAGUGCCAUUAGUUUUCUACUACGUCAGUAUUAUUGCGAUGGUGAUAUGCACGUUUAAAAUGUUGCUCGCUAAGCGUCAGUUCAUCGACUUCAGGAAGUGGUCCGGACUGUUUCUGAGAUACAGCGAUGGGAAUCUACAGCCGGACGAGUCUGAGAACUUGUUUGUGCGAAAUAAUCUCGGUCCUUUCCUCCAGUUCUUUUUAGCGUUAUUCGUUAAUUUGUUCUUGUAUCCGUUUAUUGCAACCCAAUGGGUUCCGUUUUCUGAAUUCUGCGUAUUAUCAUUUUGUCUAAUGUUUUUGACAUUGUUCUCGUUCGGCACAAAUGGUAGCCCAUAUCCAGAUAUAUUGGCACUGAUUUCUUUCGGUAUUAACGUGCUUGCAAAGUAUCCAUACGAGAAAGACACGGUAGUUCAUCAGGGCUGGCGUUUUCUUGAUUUACAUAUAUCGAAUUAUCCAUCUUAUAUACUCGGGAACAGCAUCGAAUUUUGCUUGAAUGCACGCGUGUUUUUUUCCCUUUUAAUUCCUGGUAUCUUAGUGCUGAUGACUAGAAGAUGUAACUGGCAAGGUUUUCUCAAGUAUACCCUACCACAUUGCGUUACGCUUAGCUGGUUACAAAUGUUCAUAACCUGUUCCCAUGGUUGUACAGCCUACGGUUUGAUUAGAGGUACUUUGGCGUUGGUUUGUUCGUUUCUGUUUUUGCCUCUAAUGGGUAUAAUUACUGUGACACUGCCGAUCUUUGCAUUUCUCCAAUACGUUACGAUGUCGAAAUUGUUUUACACUUUGACGGUUAUGACUGGACUCACGGUUGGUUUAGGUGUUACAUGCCUUUUGGCGAAGUCGGAAGCUACUAAGAAGUUCGUCACACCGUUUCAGCUCGCCGUUGGUCUAAUUACAUUAAUUUACAUUGGCAAUCAGUUUUUUAUACGCAUCCAAGACGACGGUUUGCCUUCCAGCCUUAUCGAAAUAAUAGGCGACGAAAAAUCAAGCAUAAAGAACUUACUAAAAAAUGAAUUCAUAACGGAAUACGAAGUUAAUACUUAUAACAUAAAUUGGGACGAUUAUUACAACCAAUGUAACACGCCAUCGUGGUCGGAUUACAAUAUGGCGUCCACUCAAAUUAAAUGUUCGAUUCUCGAAGGUGCCAACAUAAAUUGGGAGGGUUAUGUUAAGGAUGUCAAAAUAAAGAGCGUAAGGAAUCAGUGGAGUUCGUUCGCGUCAUGGUUGCCUGGUAUUUUGGCGGAGUAUUUCAAGUGUUACUACGGCGAGGAAUUUUCGACUUUAUGUCAAAGCGAAGAAGGUGUUAUCGUGGAUGACUGCGAAUUCGUGACGAGCGUCGCUCGGCAAAGCGGGAAGAGCUGCCAUUUGAACAACUUGAAUGAAUAUAAUUAUGAAGUCACAAUCAACAUGGAAGCAAAUGGGGGACUAUUGAAGCGUCACACGGAAAUAAUCCUAGCAUUAGACCAUUUCUUUACAAAUUUUACUCGGUUAUUGCGUUCAGACGAUAAAAUUCGUUUUAAGGGCGUUUUGUCAAACGAGCCUGGCUCUUAUAACAUAGGCAAUAAGGACUUGAAUGUGAAAGGCUUUGAAAUUAAUUGCGUUGAAUGUAAAGUCGCAAGGGGUACCAUAAGUUCGAGAAGUCAUUCGACAUCAAAAUUGUCUGAGCUCUGUCGGACGAUUGUUAACGAUUGUAUUGUUUCAGCGAAAUAUAUAUUGAAUUUUUUAUUGAAUCCUGUAAUUGUUUUUAAAUAAAUUUUCACUUUAAAUGCCAUAUUUUGUUAACUUAUUUGUAAUGUUUGAUUGUAGUCUAGUUCAAGACUUCCCAAUCAGUGCGCAAUCAGAUUCAGGGUUGCCAAUGGCGUAUAAAUAUUCUGAAGAAAAUAAAUGUUUAAAAUCAAUAAUACACAAAAAUAAUUGACAUGUAUUGAUGUAACGCUCCAAAACUCGAUAUUAGGGACGUGAAAAUGUGUUUUGUUAGUUUUCGAUUUGAUGCAUAAUUGUUUUGGAAAUUCCUGGCCUAGUUGAUAAUAUUCCUAUAUCAAGUUUUAAAUCAUUAGAUAUAUUGAAAUCAGUAUUGUGUGUUUUGUUACAUAGGUGUUAAAUUAGUAUCGCUUGCAGUGUCUAUAGAAAAAUAAAUAUUGAUAUAAAAUUUAAAAAAAAGGUGUAUUUUCAAAUGUGAAUAUUUUUUGUACAAAAAAACGGGUACGCGCCAUCUUACAUUUCAUGGUUUAUCCAAUUUAAGAUAAUAUCUCUUUUCCUAAAUUAUUAAUGAUAUACAUAAUUAUUUUUAGAACGUCUAUACUCGUUUGU